ACUACAUGAUCCUUGAGGUCCCUUCCAACCCGGGUGAUUCUGUGAUUCAGUGAUCUGUGAUUCUGUGGUUGUGUGGUGUUUUAAUACAAACAGUAAAGACAAACUUGAGGAAAAAUGUGCUGCUGCUUGGUUAUUGAGCAGCGAAUUCAGAAGAUGCUCAUCCACAUGUGCACUUGUGAGGAGAAGGAGGGUUAAUUCAGUGAGGCACUCCAAGCUAUACUGUCUCUGCUUAUGAGUACUAAGUGUUUUAGACUGGUUGCUUUCUUCUAAGUUGAAUUGAUGCUUUGUUGGAAACAGCUGCAGUGGGACUGAGAUGAUGGUUACUCAGGAGGUUGCAGGUUGUUCUUGUAUGCGGCAGGUACUCUACCUGCUGAUGUAAAGCCAGAAUAAGGUUGUAUCCUCAUCAUCAGCCUAACUUCAUAGGUCAGGCCUGAUGUACAUCAGUCUUAAGAAGUGACCAUCUUUAAAAAAUAAGAUCUCCAGAAGGAGAUACUAACAUUUAUAAAUUUUAAAUGGUCUUGGCUUUCUUUAGGGGCUUGUUUCAUCAAGAAAGUUCAAAAAUAAUGCAGGCAUUAAAAUUGGAGAAGACUUCUGAGAUCACCGAGUUGCACAGUCAGCCCAUCCUUACCAUGCCCACUGACCAUGUUCCUCAGUGCCACAUCGUGGUUCUUGAAUACCUCCAGGGAUGAUGACUUCACCUCCUCCCUGGGCAGCCUGUGCCAGUGCCCAGCUACUGUUUCAGAGAAGAAACUUGCUAAUAUCCAACCUUUAUCUCCCUUGGCAAACCUGAGGCAGUUGCCUUGUCCCGUCAUUAGUUGACAGGGAGGUGAGGCUGAUCCUCACCUCACUCACUGCAACUCCUUUCAGGUCACUGUAGAGGGUAAUUAACUCUACCCUACACUUCUCCAGACUGAACCAUCCCAUUUCCCUCAGCUGCUGCCCAUCAGGCCUGUGCUCCAGACCUUUCACAGCUUUGUUGCCCUUCUUUGGACGCAUUCUGGUGCCUCGGUGUCCUUGUAAUGAGGGGCCCAAAACUGAACACAGCACUCAAGAUGCAGCCUCUCCAGCACAGAGUGCAGAGAUACAAUCAGCUGAUUGUAUUUCUGAUACAAACUGGGAUGCCAUUGGCCUUGGCCACCUGGGCACCCUGCUGGCUUACGUUCAGCCAGCUGUUGACCAGCACCCCCAGAUUCUUUCCAGCUGCACAGCUUUCCAGCCACUCUACUUGAUGCCUGUAGCAUUGAGUUUUUCCUUCCUGCUUUUUUUUCUCUGAUUUUGCAUUCCUACAAAAAUAAUACGAUAAGGCAGGGAAUCUCUUCCAGAGAACCUCUUCCAGUGCUCUGAGUAAAAUGGUACAGUUAGGCUCCUAGCAUCCAGAAUGAAAGAAGCCUAUGGCCAAUUCUGGAUUUGAGAGUGCUGAGUGCUUUCAAUAUUUUAUUAGCUCUGUUUGAAUAAUGUGAAAAUGGCUAUGUGCACAACAUUUUAUCUCUGUCACAAAAAGGACAGACAGUGUUGCACAGGCACAGAAUUUUGCUGGUACAAAUACUUGUCUUGCUGUUGGUGUUUGGCAGCUUGACUGAAAACACAAAAUCUUUGCUUCACGUUUGCUGUUCAGAUAGAGAUAUACACAACAAAUCGUUAUCUUUGUUCAUCAGAUGCUUCAAAUUCUUGGAACUCAGUAAACAAAAGGAAGUUGGUAUGAACUCCCAUCGCCCUUCCAAAGAGUUCUUUACAGCAAAGACAUUUUUUUCAGAAUACAGAUAACCCCUUCAAGCUUCAAACACAGACUGUAACACUAAUGGAAGUUUCUCUCACAAGUACAUAUCAACCUGAAUAUACAUACCUCGAUAAUAAAACUUCUUUCUCAGAGUAUGUGGAUGUGGUCAUUUAACACCAGUAGGUAGGUAAACACCAUCAUUCUGCUCUCACACUCCUCUUCCUCAGAAGGACAGGGAGAAAAUGUGAAACAAUGUCAUGUGUUAAGGUAAGGACAAGGACGUCAGUCACUAGUUACUGUCACUAGCAAAACAGACUAGAAGAGUGAGAACUGAAAGCCAACUGAAAACACCACCUCCCCUACCUCUGGUACUUCCCCACCCUGUCAGUGGCACAGGGGAGCUGGGAAUGGGGCUGCAGUCAGUCUGUAAUGCUUUGUCUCUGCUGCUCCUCCAUGGUUUCUCUCUGCCCCUCCUCCACAUGGGGUCCCUCCAUCCUUCCCUAACUGAUCCUGUGUGGCCUUCCUGCAGGCUGCAGCUGUCCAAGCACUGCCCCGGCACAGCUCUGUACCACAGGGCCCACCCUUUAGGUACUGCCCCACAUGGGUCCCCAUGAGCAGCAGCUCCCCCAGCCCUCCUGCCCCAACACAGGCUUCUGCCCAUGGGCUACAGCUUCAUCCAGGGGCUGCUUCUGCUGGGGCUCCUCCGGGCCUCAUCCGCUGCUGCACCGUGGGCUCCUCCAUGGCUGCAUGUGGAGGUCUGCUCUGUGUGGAACCUGCGGGCUGCAAGAGGAUGCUCGGCUCCUCCAUGGGCCUCUCCUGUGCUGCAGGGAGCUUCUGCUCCAUGCCUGGAGCACAUUCUGUCCUCCUCCUGCACUGACCUUGAUGGCUGCAGGGCUGCUUCUCUCACAUUUUCUCACUCCUCUCUCCCAGCUGCUGUGAUGCAGCAGUUUUUUCCUUCCUUAUAUCUGCGUAGCUCUUGGCUCAGCUCUGGCGUCUGUGGGACCCUUUUGGAGCAUCUGGAGUUGGCUCUGAUCUGACAUGGAGCAGCUGCUGGGCUCUGCUUACAGAGCCCAUCCCUGCUACAGCAGAGAGAGAUGCUUGUAAGCCCAUGGAGCACAUUAGCCAUGAAAGCACAGUUCUUGCACAGUGUUACAGCUUCCCUGGACUUCUGCUGAGCCUUGGAAUCAUCAGAAAACUCAGUAUAAAGAGUGAUCUGACCAUUCAGUUUGAGCAAAUCGGUUAUGGCUUUGGGGUCUGAUAAACUUUCCUGUUAACAUUCAGAUCCAUUUUUCUCUCCAGAAGAGAAUGUUUCAGGAGAGAUUCAGCUGUCCUGUAUUUCUCAAGCCAAAUGUUAGCAGGCGAACAGUACUUAAGCUGUGCUACAAAAGUGCAUAAUAUACUAAUGUGUACUAGAAAGGGCCCGGGGAAUGUAGCAAAUGACCUCAAAUUCUUUGCCAAGUGAAGGAUUUUCUAUUUGUCCUUGGUGAUAUCAUGUAUAUAAAUUUAAAUAAUUUCUGCACUUUGGAUUUUUUGUCCUUGUGAAAUUCCAGACUCAAGUUUAUGGAAGAACUCCAGUGUUUGGCUUGUUUGGGAGUCUGCCCUGGAAUUGCUUCAGCAAACUUUCUGGAAGUAGAUGAAGGAGGCAAUCAUUAUUGAAAAGUUCAUCCGUAAGAUUCCAAAAUAAGUGUGUCUAAACUCCAAGGCUCACCUUACAACAGUUUAUAGAACUGUGGGAAUGCAUGGGAGACUUCAGAUGGCCUAAGUGGACGUAAAUUGUGUGGCUGUGGAAAGGGGUCAUCCUACAGUUCCAAGCCACCACUGGUGCAGCAGUAGCAUUUUUAUGGAAAUUCUGGUGAUUAACAGUCAUGGCAACCAUAGAGGAACUGGCCCAUCAAAUUAUUGAGCAGCAAAUGGGAGAGAUUACCCAUUCCCAAGGAGCUGUUACACAAACACUAAUGGAUGGGGCAGCACAACGAAUACAGAUCGUCCCUUCAGAUUCAGGCCUCUCUUUACCACAGCGUAUACAGAUUUUAACAGACAACUCUCCCAAUGAGCAGGCCCUAAAUAAAGUGUUUGAUCUGUGUGUUGUGUGUGGAGACAAGGCAUCAGGACGUCACUAUGGAGCAGUAACUUGUGAGGGUUGCAAAGGAUUCUUUAAAAGGAGCAUACGGAAGAAUUUGGUGUAUUCGUGCCGAGGAACAAAGGACUGUGUCAUUAACAAACACCACCGGAAUCGCUGCCAGUACUGCCGGCUGCAGCGAUGCAUCGCCUUCGGAAUGAAACAAGACUCUGUGCAGUGUGAGAGGAAACCUAUCGAAGUGUCAAGAGAAAAGUCUUCAAACUGUGCAGCUUCUACAGAAAAGAUCUACAUUCGGAAAGAUCUUCGCAGCCCAUUGGCUGCAACUCCAACUUUUGUAACAGACAAUGAAACAGCAAGGUCAACAGGUCUGUUGGAAUCAGGAAUGUUCGUUAACAUUCAGUCUGGCAUUAAAAGCGAGCCUACAGUGCUGAUGACUCCAGAUAAGGUUGAAGCCUGUCAGGGAGACUUAAGUACCCUGGCAAAUGUGGUGACAUCUUUAGCAAACCUCAGUAAAUCCAAAGAUCUGUCACAAAGCAGCACAGAGCUGUCUAUGAUUGAGAGUUUAAGUAAUGGAGACGGAUCGUUACCUGAACUUCAGCAAGAAGAACAAGGAAGUAGUGAUGUUACAAGGGCAUUUGAUACUCUUGCAAAAGCAUUAAAUCCUGGAGAGAGUGCAGCGUGCCAGAACUCUGAAAGUGUUGAGGCCAACGUGCAGCUUGGAGGUGGAGAAACAAGCAUGAAUAUCGUUGAAAUAGAGGGGCCGCUACUCAGUGAUGCACACGUAGCAUUCAGGCUCACCAUGCCUUCUCCUAUGCCCGAAUAUCUUAACGUUCACUAUAUCUGUGAGACUGCCUCCAGGUUGCUUUUCCUGUCCAUGCACUGGGCACGUUCCAUUCCAUCUUUCCAAGCUUUAGGACAGGAUAACAGCAUAUCAUUAGUAAAAGCCUGCUGGAACGAACUUUUUACGCUUGGUCUUGCACAGUGCUCUCAAGUCAUGAAUGUGGCGACUAUAUUGGCUGCGUUUGUUAAUCACCUUCACGACAGCUUACAGCAAGACAAGCUGCCAACAGACAGAGGAAAACUAGUAAUGGAGCACAUCUUCAAACUGCAAGAGUUCUGUAACAGUAUGGUGAAGCUUUGCCUAGAUGGAUAUGAAUAUGCAUAUUUGAAAGCAAUUGUACUCUUCAGUCCUGAUCACCCAGGGCUGGAAAAUGUGGUACAGAUUGAGAAAUUUCAAGAAAAGGCAUACAUGGAGUUCCAAGACUAUGUAACAAAAGCAUAUCCAGAUGAUACUUACAGACUGUCUCGACUUCUUCUCCGAUUGCCUGCCCUGAGGCUGAUGAGUGCUGCCAUUACUGAAGAGCUGUUCUUUGCAGGACUAAUAGGAAACGUUCAGAUUGAUAGCAUCAUCCCGUACAUUCUGCGAAUGGAGACGGCAGACUACAACACUCAAAUAAUCGGUCAUGCCGUAUAAAAGUAGCAACCAAGGAUUCUGUACCAUGGCAGUCAUGGUGAUGUAAAUGCAUACUCUGUCUCCAAGAGAUGGCAAUAGGCCUUCCCACGCACCUUUCUAAAGAAGACUCGUGUUCCUCCUUUCCAGUACGCUUGGGAAAUGCGGUGGAGUGUCUUAAGGAAUAUAGGAUCGCUUCCUAUUUUUCAUCUGAUCUUCAAGGACUUGUAAAUUAACUUGAUAUCUGAGGAAAGUCAAGAAUUGUUCAUCCUAUUUUUGUAGAUAGAUGAACUUGGAAUAUUUGUUUAUGAAAUGCAGGCUUGUGAAGAAACGGAAGAAGCUUUGACUGAACUAAGGUAUCUCAACUUAGUUUGGUGUUUUAGACAAAUAAAUUAAGUUUCCUCUCUGCGUUGUGUUUUCAGUGUUUUGCUGCUAGUUCUUUCUCACUGAUUAAAUGGAAAAUAAGACCAAACGUCUUGAAAAGGGCAUUGUUUCUAUGGAAGGGAGACAUUUAUAACCAAACUUUUAUUUUCUAUUCUUUUGGAAAGAGAUUAUUUCAGGUUGAAUGAAGCAGUGGAUAUUGUUAUAAGAGCAGGGAAGGUAGAGGAAUUUCACACUUUAAAAUAUUCUGCUUACAUGUUGGUGCAGUUGAUCAAAAGUAAAGCUGCAAAGGAUCAGUAUUGACUGUUCUGUGGAUGCAAGGGUAUACUGUGCUGUAAUAUUGUGUGUUGGUAGAUAUCAGCUGUUUGAUACUAUGAAAAAUUGAGAACUGUGUACUGCAGGUGUUCAAAGAGAGCAGCCUCCUAUUUUUUCUGCUCUCAAAAGUUAAAGAUUUUUCACAGUACUCUUUCCUCUUUCAAACUCAGCACACAGGGAGGGAGGCAUUCGAGAUGUGUCUCAGUUUUCUUUCAACCACUUUUAUAAGUAACGAAUCUUGUUUAGAAUUCUGUGCAUGUGUUCAUAUCAUUUCUCUUGGAUAGGACUUUGGUUUGUUGGUUUUUUUUAAUUAUUGUUAUCCUCUGGCUAUUUAGCUGUCUUUUCCAGUCAGCCAGUCUCAUGUGAUUAUUUUUUAAAUUAGAAAUUAUUGAAUCCAGUACUUCUGUUUAUACAAGAUUGGUCUCUGCUGCUUUGCCUGUCCUUGUUAGAAAUGAGUCUAGAUUAUGUAUGUAGACUGAAUUACACAUCAUGGCUCCAUAAAAGAUGGGUUCGCAUGCUUUCCUGUCUUGAGGAACGUGCCUCAUUGUCAAAUAACACUGAUGGUUGUUCACUCCUAGCUUCCUUUUGCAAUGGGAAACUAUGUAUUCCUAGCACAUUUAAUAUCUGUUGCUUAAAAUUAGAGAUUCUAGGAAAAGUUAUGGUCUGCUGCUGACAGCAGCUUGCAGGUUUAUCUAAAUCUUGGAUUGAGGCCUAGUUCCAUUUAUCCUGAACUUUUUAGUUCUGUGGCAGCAUUGAGUGAGGAAGAGCCCAAUUAGCCAGAAUUAGCCAGAAGAUCAGCUUUGAGGGGGGCCUUUGCCCCUUUGUACCUGCAACUCCAAGGCCAUGCCUCAAGGCCAUUGAGAGGACAGGUAGAUGAGAUUUUGGUAUUUCUGUGUUUUUUCUCAGCACCCAAGGAUUUCAGCCAGCCAAAAAGAAGCAGAAAACUGACACUGAAUUAUUGUGUCCUUUUUAAUUCUACUAAUAGAGUUGUUUGGAUCUUUCACUGGCCACCUUCUAACCAGAGGCUGUACUACAGGAUUGCUCAUACACGGACCCAGAGAUGGAAAUGCUUGGUGCUGAGGACCUCUGAUGGGAUGGAACCAUUCUCCCCUGCUCUGAAUUUGGCAUGUAGCGACUUUCUGGAGAACAGCCUUUAAAGAUGCUGGAGCUUCCCACGUGACUGAGCCCUUCCCACAGUCCAUGUGUUGAAAGGAGAAGGAUUGAGGCUCUGUAUUCGUGUUCCCUGGAGUUCAUGAAGUGUGAGGACGUUUUUUCUGUCUCAAGAGGGCAGUAGUCAUGGAAAUGUGAAAGACAACGGCUGCGAAUAUGCUGUGCUUGUCUCCUCCCAGUGGUUAUUGGCCCCGCCAUCUUGCCGUCUGUAGGACCAAAUUGUGGAUGGGAAGUGAAUUGUUCUAUUCGUGUUUCCUCAGAAAGUUGGACCCUGUCUUCCAGCCCUUCUCUGUUGCUAGCAGGAACAGUUAUACUUGUUUUAGACCUUUCAAGGAAGUUGCCAGGAGGUUACUCCUGAAUAAUUUGUAAAUGGUUUACCAGGCAUUCCAAAUAUUGGAAGAAUUUGAUUCCCAAUAUUCUCCAAAUUCAGAUAACCCAUUUUCCUUCUAAAUGCAGUAGAGACUGCAAAUCUCUCCCGCAUCAUUGCAGAUUUAUAUUUUUUUAGCCUUUGGGACCUGUGCCUCAGGCAUGACAAGCAGUUCUUUGUUUGCAGCUUACCAGAAGAUUCAGCAAAUGUGGUUUUUGCAUGGUAUUGUUUCUCAGAAACAGCUGAGAAAAUACCAGUGUUUGUAGAGAGGUACAUCUUUAGGGAUUGAAUCCUUCAGCAUAUCUGUCUUUGAGAGCCGAGUUUUGAAGGAUGUGGCCAUAGAAAUUUGCUCUGAAAUUCUGCUUGUUCCCCGUUCACGCCGUAGUCUGAAUACAAGUUGGCCUACUUCAGGGAAGUGUGAACUGCUGUCACUGCUGACUGCUGGAUCAGGACAUCUUUGUUAGGCUGUGUUAACUCAGAAGCACAAGAACCACGGUGACAUUCUUUUUGGAUGCCUGUCACCUCUGCAUGGCAGCAGAACUUUCAAAUCUCAGUGGCUGACAUUUCCCCUUCCCACAUCUCUUUCUGUUACUCUCCUGGCAAAAUCUUUUGAGCUUCGUCUGAGAUUUUUGCCAGAUCACUUAAAUCAAGAAUUCAGUCCAUCCAUGUUUUUCUUUUUAAAUCCAGUGUUUCCAGAUGUGAGACUACGCAUUCUGUGUUGGGUAGCAAGAGACAUGUGUCACACCCUUUCACGUGACAAAAACUUGCAGAUAUCAUAGAAUCUAGUUUUCUCAGGUGAGAAGUCAAACAGGACGCUCCAAGCUCAGUUACAGACUCUGUUCCCUCUUUUGAUAGCAGUAUACUUGAGUCACCAUCAUUAAUGAGGAUGUACUCUAGUAGUUCCCAGGCUGCGUUUGGGGCUUUGCUCAAUAUCUGUAUAGUAUUGUUACAAAAGGGAAAGCUAGUUCAAGAGAUCUUCACAUUGCCAAGAAGUGGCAUACAGUUUUUAUGUAUUGUGUGGCUAUUGGCAUACUCAUCCAAAAAGAAAAGGUAUUUAUCUCAAAAAGAUUCCAGUUACUUCUGCUGUGCAUCUGUGCGAUAACCACAUGCCCUCCCUUCCCCUUGCUGUUGGUGGCUAACCAAAUGUAAGCUCCAUACUGACUGUCAGGUGAAACAAAAGAGGGAGACAGAUGCAUGUACACCUGAGGGUUACCUGAGGGGUAAGGGCCUCCCCAAAAAACCAUGAUCUUGGAUACCUCCAAUGUUUGGACUUGUAUAGAGUGAAUGUGCAGAUAUGCAACACACUGCAAAAAGUGCUGCCUACUGGUAAGUAACCUUUUUCCCAAUGGUUGUUGCAUUUUUUCUUCAUAAAUGUUCAGUGUAAGUGCAGUAGGUUAAAGGCGUGCUGAUCUGUGCUGCCUGGCGAGUAUUCUCUCCUGUCUUCUUGAUGAUCAAGAAGGUGGAUCCCAUAGUGCAGGUGGCUGCGUUUGUAUUAUUCACUUUUCUUACCAAGACUUUUCAUUUAUCCUUUUGGGUUCUUUAACUGUGAGUUCAUGCUCUUGAUGAGGAGUGAGGUACAACUGGGCUUUCUCAGGAAUGGGCUGCCCUUCCUGCUGUUCAGUCACACUGUUGUUCAGCCAACACAAAUGCGAGCAGUAAGGCUCACUUCACUGUAGAUGUUAAAGUACCUCAUUAUUUUUGUGACCUUUAUGUUUUAUGUUUUUAAACCUUCUGAUCUUCAGCAUUCUGAAAUUUUCCAUACCUCGUCAGAAUACAACUAAACUGCAACACUUACUACUAAUAAUUUGCUUUGCCAAUGAAUGAACAAGCUCUGUUAUGACAGCUUUAAAAUGUUCAAUGUUGUGAAAAUUCAUUUCUGUAUCAAUCACAUGAAUGGAAGAAAUGAUACAUUUGGAAUCCUGUCCCUUCAGAUGGGAGCAGUGAUACACAGAACAAAUGGACUAGUUUGGAAGUGUAUGUUGUGCAUAUAUAUAUGAGUUUAGGGGGCUUGGUUCAUACUGGUAGAGUUCCUGAUACAAACAAUUGUUCUACUUUAAACUUGCUUCAAAAGCACUUUCACUGCAGUACCUUCUGCACUUAUAACCUGUUGGUACCUCUCUUCUGUGACCAUUGGCUUCAGUGAAAGUCACUGCUCUGUUACUCUGUUCAGCAGCUGUGGUUUCCCAGCACAGGCAUUAGAAUAUCGCUGUACCUGUUCUGCUGUGGUAUAAAAAAUUCAUUGUAAAUGUCUUGAAACCUGAAUUUGUAAAGGUCUAUUUUGGCUGUAUUUUUAAAAAUAAAUUGUAACUUCCUGUUAGAGAAAGCAAUAGUAAUCACCUGUCUGUUAGUGUUCUACACAGGUUGUCUUACAGCCUGAAGCAGUGUGUAUGAUUCCAAAGAGUCUGGAUAUUUCACUUUACUGUACAAUGAUGUGUUGUCAAUAGAUUCGUUCUCUGGGAUUUGUGACCACUGCAGUAUCUUGCUGUUCUCUACCCCUGUUGCUGUGAACUCUUUGUUUUUGUGCUUACUGCUCCUUUCUGCCCUGGGAACUUGGCUAUUUGGAAAUUAAUGAUUUGUUAUAGAAUUGAAUUUAACAACAUUUUUUUUUCUUUUAAAGCACUACAUAUAGCCGUUGGUAUAAUGAAUUCUGAUCACAGAUCUUCAUGCCAAGUAAAGUAAUAGUUAUUUUUGGGGAAGUUUAUUCAAUUCAUUAUGGAUUGUGAAAUGAUGACAAGUUUGGGUCCUUUCUAGAACUGAUUUCCCAGUGCCAAUUGAAGAGCUGUCUGGUUUUUUUUUUAGUCUUCAGUUACAAGUGAUUGUGAUGUUUGCGUUAAUAUGCAGAUAGCAAGAACAAAUGAGAAAUGAGAUGCCAUUCUCUCCUUGCCUAGAUUCUGAAAUGCAUUCAUCCUGAAGUAAAUGAAGUACUGUGGAGUAAGUAGGUAAUGCACUGUAGAGGAAAGCUUUGUAUGCUGUAAGUGUGGGUAAUGCUGAUGAGGGAAUAAGCAGUCAGACUCUCUUCCUCCUCCGUUAGCAGGUACUCCAGUUGCUUUGUUGCUUCUGUUUUAAAAACUUACCCUUCCCUGCACUUCCACAGAACCCUGUUCUCUGGUCAGACUGCUAAUCUACUACCUGUUCCUUCCCAUACCAGUCAUAUUUCACAGCCUUUUGGUCACCUCUGAGGGAAGAAAGGAAGAGCUCUCUAGACAGAAGUGCUCUUCUGGUAAAUAACAAAAGUCUAGACGGCAGCGUCUUCAACCAACAUCUCUAACAGUCCUGUCUUUCCUCCUCAUACUUCUGUAUAAAGUAACCCCAAAUAACGAUUCUGCUUCAUCAUGGGAGCCCUUCUCUCCUGAGCUCUGCUUUUCCUUUAUGUGCACAAAGUCACAUUAACCCAUGCCUGUAAGCAGUCCUGUUCAGCCACUUCAGUCUUCCUUUUACCCUCAGCUCUGCAGUGUGAAAUACUAUCCUCACCCUGAUGUGCUACUGCUAAUAUGUAACACAAUUUUCUGCUACAUUAAUCUUUUAUCAGAACUCGGGUUGUGCAUUUUGGCUCCAGUGUAGGAACCAAAUGUAUCCUGAGUCAUGGCACUGGAGCUGACCUCCGUUCGAAGCAGUCACUCCAGGACACAUGGGGUUUUUGUGGCUGCUGACGCUGAACACAUACAUAAGCUCCACUAUGGAGACCUCAACCCUGCUUUACCUUUGGGUCUUACCAGAGAGCGAGCUGAAUGGCUACAUACUUUGGUUUAUGAUAGCUCUCAUGAAAGUUUUUCUUUCACACUGUAGCCAGUGGAAUUUUGCUGUU